AUGUCGCCUUCACUCGCCGCACUCGAAUGGCCAGGCGAUAGAGCGUUCCCGAGCUUUCCAGACGUGGCUGAGACCGUCGAUGUGGCAGACCUCGCGAAACUCGCGAGAGACGAACAAGCGCUUCUGACAUCACUUCAAGGCGUCGUGAACCGCAGACAGCCUCGUAUAUAUGUCUACUGGGACGAUGAUGGCAGUAACAAAGCAUGGCUGGAAGGUAUACGCCAACGUGUCAGUAUCAAAGACUGGUCUUCAACGCCCUUACGCCUGCUGGACAAGUACCGAUCAGAGAUCAGAGGCGUCAUCGUCUAUGACGAGCAUGUUCCCGACACCGUCAAUCUGGCGACCACUAUAGCUGGAUACCGAGACUGUGGGAUUACUUCCGCCGCAGUAGCUCAGGUCCAAGGACUACCUGUAAUACAGAAUCUGAAGGGAAUGUUCAAGACCAGGCUAGAGGUGUACUCUUACGGGCUAAAGAGCGUCUAUCCGUAUGUGACAAAGCGGCUCAUUGCGGCCAUCCCUCCAAGACAUGGCGAUUCUGGGGUCAAUUCGAUACUACGUGACUACAUCGUGGCUCUUGCAGCACCAUGUAUAUGGCUUGAUCCCGAGGACUCCGCCGAGCUUCCCCUACUUGAACAAAUUCUGAGGACGCUCGAUGCCAACUCGCUUUACCUGGGCUGGUUUCCUCAUGGACACGAGAUGACUGGUAUCACGGUGGCAUCAAAGGAAAGCGUGUAUGUGGUUGCCAGCGACUUCUACUUCAGCGGCAGUCUUAUGAGCGGCCUGAAGAAGCUGUUUCCAGUGGCGAGGAUGCAAUCAAUACUCCCGCGAACCGGUUCUAUGCCAGGCAAAAGUCCAACCAACAAGAUAUAUGUCUCCCUGACCUGGAGCGAAGGUGACAAUAUUCAGUACUGUCAACGUCACUUACGCCAUCUUUGGGACCACCCCAAGCGCGGCCAAGUUCCAAUGGGCUGGACCAUUACCCCUUUGCUCGUAGAUAUUGGGCCUAACAUUCUCCACUACUUUCAGACCACCGCUACAGACAACGAUGCGCUCGUUGUUGGACCUUCCGGCGCUGGGUACACCAACCCAAUCAGCUGGCCGUAUCACAACUUCAAGUUGUUCCUCAACCAAACGAAGCGAUACAUCGAAGAAACUGGGUUCGGCAGUAACAUUUGGGUCUACAAUCGCAUCAACGGCCAGAAAAAACAUUUAUCUUCCGAGAUUGCCUCCGCCUACAAGAACGUAGUGGGAUCGGAGCUUCUGGGAAUAUCUGUCGGUGCCUGGAACAAUAGUCGGCAUCCAAAUGCUGUGAGAUUUAUCGAAGGACUACCAGCCAUAGGGCUGUUGCAGAUAGACGACGUCAAGACCGGCCUCACGGAUUUGAACAAGCUGUCCAAGUCACAGUAUGAUGGAAUUCGGCCUAUCUUCGUGGCUUGUUCGUUGACUGCUUGGAACUUCAACGUGGGAGAUAUCGUAGAGAUGGUUGGCAAGUUGGGUCCGGAAUUCGAGAUUGUGAGGCCAGAUGAGCAGUUCAAGAUGAUCAGGGCAAUGAAAUAG